AUGCAGACAGUCGCGCGGCGGGCCCUGCCUCGCCUCUCACGAGGGUGGCUGGCCUACCGUUACUCGACUGCAGCCGCGCGGCCGCCGUCGACGCCGCUGCAGGAGACAGAAAACGUGCGGACGCUGAUCAACCUCGCCGACGUCGUCCGGCAGGAGCACCUCGACCAGGCCGCAUCUUCCCCUCGUCCUGCACGGCUACCCACGCGGCUCAACACACGCUCCUGGGCCGACGAGGCCAAGGCACGCGCAGCAGCAGCGGCAGACAAGCGUGCCGGUGCACAGGGCGCGCAUGAUCUCGAUGAGGAGGCGCACCGGCGCCUCGUGCAGCCCAAGCGCAUGUAUGACAGCUUCGUCGAGCUCUCGCUGCCCUUCCGGUCGCGGCCCGAGGUGCUGGAAAAGUACAUUGCCACGUCUGGCUCGAUCCGGCUGGGCAAGCUUUUCGAAGACCUGGACAACCUUGCGGGCGACAUCAGCUACACCCACGUCCUGGGCGGCAGGCCGACGGCCGCAGACCACCACGCGAACCCGAUAUUCAUCGUCACGGCCUCCGUCGACCGGCUCGACCUGCUCGAGCGGCUGCAGACCGAGUGCGACUACCGGCUGAGCGGCAUGGUCAUCUACGUCGGCUCCUCCAGCAUGGAGGUCCUCGUGACCGUCCAGGAGCAGGACUCGGGCCGGACCUGCCUCACGGGCCGCUUCACCAUGGCGACGCGCAACGCUGCUACGGGUAAAUCGCAGCCGAUUGCGCCCCUCGACGUGCGGGGCGAGGCCGAGGCGCGGCUGUUUGAGAUGGGCGCUGCGCACAAGUCGCGCAAGAAGCUCGAGGCAAAGGCCUCGCUCGACCGCGUCCCGCCCACGUCCGACGAGGCCGCCCUCCUCCACGACAUCUGGCUCCCCGGCCGCCAGGAACAGCAGAUGCAGACGGUCGAGAUGCAGGACACGAUGCUCGACACGGUCAUGCACAUGCACCCGCAGCAGCGCAACGUGCACAUGAAAGUCUUUGGCGGCUUCCUCAUGCGCGCCGCCUACGAGACGGCGUGGAUGGGCGCAGCCAUGUUCGCCCAGCGGCCCGUCGGCUUUCUCUCCCUCGACGCCCUCUCCUUCCACCUGCCCGUGCCCAUCGGCGCCGUCCUGAGCCUCACCUCGCACGUGACCUACACCAGCACGGCGGCGGCAGAAGCAGCAGCGGAUGGCCAGCAGAGCGCAGGGAAAGGCAAAGGAGAAGAGGGGAGCAGCAUCGCAAGCGUCGUCGUCCUUGCCGAGGUCGUCGACGUGGAGACGGGCGAGCGAAACAAGAGCAACACCUUCCACUUCAGCUUCGACAUUGGCCCCGCGCACAAGCGCGUGGUGCCCCAGUCGUACAGCGACAGCAUGGCCUGGAUCGAGGGCAGGCGCCGCUUCGAGCUGGGCGAGGAGCUGCGGCGGAUCUACCGGAUGCAAUGAGAUGCCGUCACACACCCCCUGCUCUGAGAUGGUGCAUGACCAUUGUGAUGAUGUAGUUGUAGUAAAAGUACAGGAGGAG